UGCGACGGCCCGGCGAGUACGUACUACGUGGGUACGUAGUGGUCGCUGCGGAUGCCGUGCGGGUCGGACGUUACAUGAGGAAGUCCACCGCGCUCGGCGUAUCGCUUGUGGCGUUCCUACUGGUCGCCGCUGCCUGGUUUCGAAACAACAGACGCCACGACGCGGCCGCCAACGACGUGGACGAUCAGGAGGCGCAGCUCUGGGCCGAGCAGACUCGCCGGGUGCGACUUCUGGAAGAGGUGUGCGCCAGACAGGACCGAGACCUUCUGGGUCCUCACUACCUGGGAAGUCGCAGCAACCGUCGUCGCGGCAAGCCCGCCCACUGCCCACCCCGGCUGUGCCCCAUCUUCGUGGACGACUUCAGGAAAGUGGCCCUCUGCUUCGUGCCAAAGGUGGCCUCAACAUCGCUGAAGUCCCUGUUUGCCUCUCUGCUGCGAAUCAACGCCACCUCCGGCAAACGGGAUGACGACGCACUGCACUCCUCGUUCAACGAGCGGGUGUUCCGGAUCGGUCCCACACAGUGGCCUCCUAGUAAGCUGCGCCAGUACACGAGGGUGCUUUUCGUGCGGCACCCUUUCGAGCGUCUAGUCUCAGCCUUCGAGGACAAGGCCGGCAAGCCCAGGGACCGGGAACGCUUCUUCUACGAUGUCUACUGGGACCGCAUCCUCGCUGGCAACAAUAGAAGCAGCAGCAACAACUCCACAAACAACUCGACCCGCGCCAUCACCUUCCCGCAGUUCGUGGACUACUUACUUAGGGUGCCUGUAUCCCAGUGGGACGACCACUGGGCUCCGUACUACUCGCGUUGUGAACCGUGUCUCUUCCGGUACAACUUCGUGGGACACCUGGAGACGGUCGGACAGGACAUGGCGUUGCUGUGGCGACGCGUGGGUCUGAAAACCUCGCCCCAGUCGUCGACGCUGGAGCGCCGCAACGCGACGCCUCGGAAGCCUCGCCGGCAACACUACUUCGACCAAUUGACGCCGAGUCAGGUGGAAGGACUCUACCACCGGUACUUCUACGAUUUCGUGCUGUUCGGAUACGAUCAUCGGAACUACACCACCGGUUCUGAUAUCUAGCGCGUCCCAGAUACAACCGUGGUAUAGUAUACGCCGUUUGAUUGGUGUGCCCGUUCAACGCUGCGCAGAAGCAACAUGACUGCGCAAGAUCCAGACCUGAGACAUGCGCGCAUCCAGUGGGGACGUCCCGACCUUUCUCCCAUCCCCAUUGAGUUCGUAAUCAUAUGCGUGCGCAGGAGUCACCAUUAAGGGAUGGGGGUGUCGAGGAGAGGGAGAUGAGGGCAAGUUUCACCGCAGCGCCUACCCCUCCCCGCCUUGGUUGGUAGAGUCUGGAAGAACACAAG